AUGGCCAGUACAGAGGCCUUGCUGUUCACAACCUUAGGCACUCACUCAGAUCCUGACAACAGUGAGAUGGAACUGGACUGCCAGUUUAAUGAGGAGUUCAAGUUCAUCCUGCUGCCCGUGACCUAUUCAGUUGUCUUCCUGCUGGGGCUAGGCCUCAAUGCCCUGACCAUCUGGCUCUUCCUCUUUCGCCUCCAACCGUGGGAUGCAACAGCCACCUACAUGUUCCACUUAGCCCUGUCAGAUACUUUGUAUGCCCUAUCACUGCCCACUCUAGUCUACUAUUAUGAGGCCCACAACCACUGGCCCUCUGGCACUGGGCUCUGCCAGUUCAUCCGCUUUCUCUUCUAUUGGAACCUCUACUGCAGUGUUCUUUUCCUCACCUGCAUUAGUGUGCACCACUACCUGGGCAUCUGCCACCCACUGCGGGCGGUGCACUGGGGCCUCCCACACCUUGCUGGCCUUCUCUGCCUGGUAGUUUGGUUGGUCGUAGCUGGCUGUCUCAUGCCCAACUUGUUCUUUGUCACCACCAGCCCCAAGGGGGACACUGUCUUGUGCCACGACACCACUCGGCCUGAGGAAUUUGACCAUUAUGUGUACUUCAGUUCGGCAAUCAUGGGGCUGCUCUUUAGUGGGCCCUGCCUGGUCACUCUUGUCUGCUAUGGACUCAUGGCCCAGCGCCUGUAUUGGCCCUUGCCAGGGGCCACCCAGUCAUCUUCCCGCCUGCGCUCUCUACAUACCAUUGCUGUGGUGCUGACGUUUGCUGUCUGCUUUGUGCCUUUCCACAUCACCCACACAAUUUAUUACAUGGCAAGGCUGUUGGAAGCUGACUGCAGGGUGCUGAGCAUCGUCAACUUGGUCUACAAAGUGGCUCGGCCUCUGGCCAGUGCCAAUAGCUGCCUGGAUCCUGUGCUCUAUUUGCUCACUGGGGAAAAGUACUGACGUCAGCUCCAGCAACUCUAGGGUAGCAGGUCCCGGCCUCCCAGGGCUGCCUCCUCUCUGGUGCUGGUGUUCCUGCCUGAAGACAGCAGAUGCAGGUGGACAGCCGCCCCCCAGGAUGGCAGCUGCCCCACCCCUUGGGCAGAUAGUUUGUAA